AUGGCUGAUUGUAUCGUUCACUAUGACUCAAUAGACACAUCUGGUGAUAAAUUAGUUCGACCAAAUCCAAACACAUUUGAAACUCUGCUUGAAUGCAAGAAAAUACGAGAGAGUCUUGGCAGUGAAAACCAUCACGUCGAUCAAUGCAAUAAAAUUCCAGAGAAUUUGGGAGAAAUUGAGUACUUCUACCAUCGAAAAUGUUUUCAAAAGUUUGUAUACGCCAAAGCGUUAUUGAAACGGAAAGCAAGCAAAGAAAACGAUCAAGGUUGUAGUAGCAAACUUCAAAGAACAACAAGAAAGGCAUCACAAAGUGCCGAAGCUACUAGCUCCAGAGGACUCUUUCCGAAUAUCUGUAUGAUUUGUAAGAAGACAGACCUAAAGGUGAAAGGUGUACGUCAGCCACUGUCUAGGAUUGUCACCGAUACUGCAGAGAGAACAUUUAAAGAAGCAACUGUUGCUCAGAAUGACUUAGAAAUGAUCAGAGCCGUCACAGAAAAUGAUUUAAUAGCGAAGGAAUUUCAAAAACACGAGAAGUGCUAUCUAGAAUAUACUAGGGUCGUCGGGAAAAUGGCUGAACCAACUGAAAGUACUAGUGAUGAGCUGCAACUCGGUGACUACGAUGCAGUUCUUUCUUUGGUAGAGAAUGAUAUUAUAGGAGGGCAGCAAUGUUUGUCGAUGGAAACACUAAAUGACGAGAUAUACUGGUAA